CCACGAAAGUGCGGCCGAUGGUCGCGGGGCGUAGGUUCCCUCCUCCCUCGCCCUCCCCGCGGUGUGUUCUUUGCUUUGGGUGGGGCUACCUGACGCAAAAAAAUGUUUCGCCAGGGCAGGGGGAAAAACGAGUCAAUCAAGGAAGAAGGGGGGAUGUUCUUCCGGGGUGUGGUUUUUCUGGGGGGUUUCGCUUCCGGAAGGGUGUUCGGGCUCGUCCCACCCCCCCUGGAGGGCUGCUCCAUUUGCAGCUGAAGUCGUCAUGGAGAAGAGUGGGAACAUUCAGCUGGAGAUUCCCGAUUUCAGCAACUCUGUUCUGAGCCACCUCAACCAGCUUCGCAUGCAGGGCCGGCUAUGUGACAUAGUGGUCAAUGUGCAGGGCCAAGCCUUUAGGGCACACAAAGUGGUGCUGGCUGCUAGCUCACCUUACUUCCGGGACCACAUGUCACUCAAUGAGAUGAGCACAGUCUCCAUCUCUGUCAUCAAGAACCCCACGGUAUUUGAGCAGCUCCUUUCUUUUUGCUACACGGGCCGAAUAUGCCUCCAGCUGGCCGAUAUCAUAAGCUACCUGACCGCAGCCAGUUUCCUGCAGAUGCAACACAUUAUAGAUAAAUGUACACAGAUCUUGGAGGGCAUUCAUUUCAAAAUUAAUGUGGCUGAGGUUGAAGCAGAAUUGAGCCAAACAAGGGCAAAGCAUCAAGAAAGGCCUCCAGAGUCUCAUCGGGCUUCCCCAUCACUGAAUCGCUCUCUGAGUCCACACCACAGCACUCCAAAAGGAAGCCGUAUGGGCCAGGUUAGCACAGUGCUGGACAUUCGGGAACUCAGUCCUCCUGAGGAGUCUACAAGCCCUCAGAUAAUUGAGCAGAGCUCAGACGUGGAGAGCAGGGAGCCCAUACUGAGGAUUAACAGAGCAGGUCAGUGGUAUGUGGAGACUGGCAUGGCAGACCAUGGUGGGCAGGGUGAUGAUGAUGUCCGAGUCCUUGGAGCAGUACGAAUCAAAACGGAGAACUUGGAGGAGUGGCUGGGGACAGAGAAUCAGCCUUCUGGAGAAGAUGGGAGUAGUGCUGAGGAAGUGACUGCCAUGGUGAUUGAUACCACAGGCCAUGGAUCAAUGGGGCAGGAAAGUUACACCCUAGGCUCUUCAGGAGCAAAAGUAGCCAGGCCAACCAGCACUGAGAUUGACAGAUUUAGCCCUUCUGGUAGUGUGGUUACUGUAAGUGAGCGGUACAGGUCAAAAAGUGAGUCUCCAUGGCGAAUGGAUGAACCUAAACAACCUAGUUCCCAGGUGGAGGAAUCUGCAAUAGUUGGAGUGAGUGGCUACGUUGAAUAUCUGCGCGAGCAGGAAGUAUCUGAGCGAUGGUUCCGUUACAACCCACGUCUCACUUGCAUCUAUUGCGCCAAAUCAUUCAACCAGAAGGGCAGCCUGGACCGGCAUAUGCGUCUCCACAUGGGCAUCACACCAUUUGUUUGCCGUAUGUGUGGCAAAAAGUAUACCCGCAAGGAUCAGCUGGAGUACCAUAUCCGCAAACACACGGGCAACAAGCCCUUUCACUGUCACGUCUGUGGGAAAAGCUUCCCCUUCCAGGCCAUCCUCAACCAGCACUUUCGUAAGAACCACCCGGGAUGUAUGCCUCUGGAGGGGCCUCAUAGCAUCUCCCCAGAGACCACCGUGACCUCAAGGGGGCAGGCCGAGGAGGCGUCUCCACUUCGAGAGGAAGCUGGCAUGGCAGGGGAGACAGCACAGGGAUCUGUGUCCACCACGGGGCCAGACUGAGACCAAAGGCCAGAUCGAUGGGUGAGGGAGGUCCUCUCAAGCUCGACGCAAACCCCACUGGGAGGGCGAGCUCAUGCUUUCACUUGUGCAAUGUCGCGGCUGGACAGAAAUGCUCCUGAGAUGUUGCCAAAAGAGAAAAGAUGAAUAGAAAAACAAAGUGCUAAAAGUUUCCUCCUUCCCCCCCCUCUCAUCUUCUUGAGGAGGAGGAAACCAAACUGAGUCAACUAACCUCUGAUUCAGGGAUUCACAGUUAGAAGGGGGUGGCUUUUUAAAAAAUAGUAACGUAUUUGAUAAUGAUAAAGGAAAUACAGUUUGUUUAAUUUCUUGGCAACAGGCACUGUUAUUUAUGGGCUGUAGCAGUCCAGCUGCAGUGAGUGCAGGACAUCGACAUCUGUAUCUAUCACAGUGGUUGUACCACUGUAGUGUCACGGGCUCAAGAACUGGUUCUUCUCCCUCAUAUAUUUUCCCACUUAUCUCCCAGUUAAUUGUUUUACGAAGAAUGGAUGUCCUGGUAGAAUCUGCCUGGCCUGACUGCAUUUUGUUUCAUUUUAUUUUGAUGUGUCUUUUUAGAAACUGACCCAUUGCUUAAGGGCUUUUGAGAAUGGAGGGGAAUUUGCCCAUUUAGGGUGUGUGGCCUUGACUGUUUGUUAUGAGGCUAGCAAUCUUUUGAGCAGUAUUUUAGAGGCAACAAUAUUUAAAUAUUCAAGCUACUGAAAAAGAGUGUAAUGGCUGUUUGGCACUGCCAAGUUUGGGUGAUAUUUUCAGUUGCAAAAUGCAGAUGGCGCAGAACACUUUGCCCUUCCUCCUUAGUUUUUGUGCACUGCAAAGACUAAAAAGAGUGACAUUUCCAGUCAUGAUGAAUGAAUUAAUACAGAAGUUUUGUCCCAAAGGUCAUCAUUUGCCUCCCUUGCACUUGAUCUAAUAUAACAGCAAUAUUUGUAUAUCAGAAUAGUCUAAUACUAAUGGGGAACAUAAUCAUGGUUUAUCUAUCUGUGAGUGUCUCCCUGUUUAAUAUUUUUAUAUAAAAAUGGGAAAAAAUCUCCUCCAUUAUUAAUAAUUCCGGAGGAUAAAAUUUCCAGUGUCCUAUGAGCAAUGAGAAGUCCUUGUGCCAGUAUUACUUUUUGUAUGAAGUUGCUGGGGAGAUAAGAAUUCAGCUGCCAAAUCUAGAAAAAAUGCACCUAUCUCAUUUUCCCCAGUAUGUUGCUUGUAAGUGAAAGGAUAUAGGUGCAGGAGAGAAAAAUCUCUUGAUAAUAGCAAGAUGUGCAGCAGUCUAAACUCUGCUUUGGUCUUGAGUUUUAUGGAAGUACAAAAAAAAGAGAAUAAAAGAGCCACACAUCUGCUGGCGCUGCAGAUGAUUUCUGCAGGAAAUUUGCUGAUGAAUGGCAAUAGAUUUAACAGAAAUUGCAAAGAGGGGGAGGUAGUUUAAAAUGGAGAAAAACAAAGUAGACAUUAUGGGAAGAAAAAGAUGGCCUUAUGGCAAACUUGCUGGGUUUUGUACAAACACUGGGUCAAUCCAGCCUGCUUAGGCAACAGGUUUUCCUUGUAAAAAUGAGGAUAUUUUCUUAAAUCAUGUUUGACUGGAGGAAUGAAUGAAACAGAUAAGUAUUUGCUCUUUUUUUUUUUUUAAUGAACUGAGGUGUUCACCCUAACACCUCCCCCCCACUUUAUGGUGUCAGCUAGUAACCAGUGGUUUCUCUUUAUGAUCAUAGGAAAAGAAACCAAUGAAAAGGUCAGUUCUUAGUAUCUCAAAGUGUUGAAUAAGACCUUCCUAGAGACCCACCCCCUUAUCCACAGGCACACACUAUUCUUUGGCGAGGGGGUUAAUAGAUGUGAAUAUAUAUGCUGCUUUAGUCAUAGCUUUCAGAUUUACCAAAAAGAGACAAUUUACACUAAAGAGCAUUGAAAAAUAUUUCUAGUUACUUAUAACAAAGAUUUUAAGCAUUUAAAAAAUAGAACCUUAAAAAUAUUACCAAACUGUAAGGCAUACAUUUAUUUAUCUACACAUAUGCUAUAAAUACUUGUAAUGGGAAAGUUUUUCUGCUGAGAGCUGGUGGUGGUGUAUAACGAACGAGUGUACAAGAGUUUCCUCCAAAACAGAGAAUGCAGCAACAUCUGUUCAGGAUGAAGUGGCAAAGAGCUGACAUGGGAAUAUUGAAUGUGGUGUUCAUGGAGCUGUGAGCUUCUUCAACAAGUUCUUCUUGUACUGAUACUGUGAACUGAGGAGCAGCCAGGUAUUUCAGGUUCCUGUCAGCCUUUUCUUGCUUGCUGAUAAAACUCCUCUUUAUUUAGCCUAGCUGGACUCAUUAAGCACUUCUCUUUUUUUAAGCCUGGGUUUAGUUUUGACAGAAAAAUUAAAGCUUGUGAAAGAUAUGUUUUUUUUAAUUGCCACUGUAGAAAUGUAUCAUUUCUAAUUACAUGCGAAGGAGCCAAUAUUCUUGCCCAAAUCUCAUUUGCAGUGAGGUUUGCCAGUUGUAGCUAAUAUCACUGACCUCAUUCAGAUAUAUGAUGAAAACCAUUGCUUCGUAGUGAGAGAAUGAAUCUGAGCUACCUGUAAGUGUACGUAUGCCCCUCCCUCUUUCAGCGCAGCUGUGAAGAUUCUGGAACCUUCUGUCUCAGUUUUAGAUGUACUGCAGGUUGUUGUGCUAUCUGAAUGUGGGUAACGAUGAUUUCUUUCAACAAACCACAGCUAAGACUGAACACAGCUUAUGGUCAUUCUUAGUUCUGGUUGGAUGAAACAUGCUGAUUUAUGAAGCUGCCUUUUUAAAAUAAUCCAUAGUUUUCCAGUAAAUCCAGACCACAAGAUUUUGGCUUAGCAAAUAUGCUAAACAGCAGGUGAUCUAACAGAAGUGAGAGCUUCUGACCACCUCCUUGCAACCAUGGAAGAGAAGGGGAAGGGGAAAGGUAGCGUGCCACCCCAAACCUCAUGAUAGCUUGUUCUCAUGUUACCAAACCAUUGCUUAGUGUUAUAUCUGAGUGCGGACACUAUGAAAAAGGGAACUGUUUAAUUUUUUGUGUGUAUGUGUGCAUGCACACACAAAUGCAUGCAUGUACCAUGU